CUUUUUCGAGGACUUUUAAUUUGACACGCAGUCGGCGGCGCUGCUCUUGUUAUGGGCGGCGGCAGCAGCAGCGGGUCGUGAGCGGCGUGUGUUUGUGUUUGUGUCUGUCUGUGUGUGAGUGACAGAUUUCUGAAGAUGCUGGAGAGGUAGCUGGUCUGACAGGAUGGCCGGAAUCAUUAAGAAGCAGAUCCUGAAGCAUCUGUCCAGGUUCACUAAGAACCUCUCCCCGGAUAAGAUCAACCUGAGCACGCUGAAGGGAGAGGGUGAGCUGUCCAACCUGGAGCUGGACGAGGAGGUCCUGCAGAACAUGCUGGAUCUGCCCACCUGGCUGGCCGUCACCCGCGUCUACUGCAACAAGGCUGCUAUACGGAUACAAUGGACAAAGUUGAAGACCAGUCCCAUAUCUUUGUUCCUGGACAAAGUAGAAGUUGAAAUGAGGACCUGUGAGGAACCCCGGCCGCCGAAUGGCCCCUCUCCGAUUGCCAUUACUGCAGGUCAAAGUGAGUAUGGCUUCGCUGAGAAGGUCGUGGAGGGAAUGUCUGUGAUCAUUAACUCCAUCACGAUUAAAGUUCAGGCCCAAGCGUUUCACGCCUCCUUUGAGCUUUGGCAGCUCCAGGGCUGCAGCCUCAAUCCCAAAUGGCAGAAGAGCGACCUGCGCUACACACGCAUUACACAUCCGAAGAGAGGAGAGGUCCUAACGUUCAAAGAGAUCAACUGGCAGAGUCUGCGCAUAGAGGCGGAUGCCAUCGAGAGUGACGAGCAGGAUCUGGGCAGCACGCCACUGCGCCUCAUUACCAAUCAAGGACGCAUACGCAUCGCUCUCAAGCGCAGGGUGAAGGACUGUAAUGUCUUGGCCUCUAAGCUGCUGUUUAUACUGGACGAUCUGCUGUGGGUGCUGACAGACUCUCAGCUCAAGGCCAUCAUCCACUACGCCAAGUCUCUGAGUGAAGCCAUGGAGAAGUCCGGCCAGCAGAGGAAGAGCAUGGCUGCUGAAACACUGCAGACUGCUCCUCCCUCUCCGGGGAUCCACUCUCUGUGGGCUGACCCUCCUCCACCCGAAGCAGUCGGGACCGCGGGCACACUGGCCCAGUAUUUUGACCUCCAUGAUGUCAAGGAAUCAUCCUAUCACACUUUCAUCUCCCGACUCGACCUGCAUAUCUGCAACGACAGCUCCUCAGAUUCCGAUGAAGCUUCACCUCCAGGGACGCAGGGUGCGAUGCAGCUGACCUUCCGGAAGCUGGGCUGUGACUAUUACCCGUUUCACAGGCCAGGUGAUGGCUGUCAUCACUGGGAGCGUCACUGCGGGGCGAUGGAGUCUCGUGCUCAGUGGGCCGCCAAACUGCUGCAGGAGUUUCAGAAGAGGAUGGAGGAUCUGGGCAUCCCUGGACCUCAUUCAGAGCCAAACGUGGCCGCUAAUGGCUCUCCAGCCAAAAAAAUCAAGGAUGGAGAAUCAGUGUCCAGUUUCAGUCCUGAGCGGACUCCGAGCUCUCGGCGGACUUCAGCGGCCGCCCCGUCCUCAGGAUCUUCACUCAAGAGACUUCGCUCCAGCUGUAUGGUGAUCCGUGUGGACGACCUGGACAUCCAUCAGGUGUCCACUGGAGGCCGUCACAGCAAGAGAACACAGUCUCUCCUCUCCUGCAACCGCAAAUCCUUACAUCUCCCAGACAACACUCCUGCAAUUCACCUUCAGUUCACUGAAUACUACUUCCCUGAUAACCCUGGACUUCCUGCACCCUGCUCUAAUCUUUAUGCCCAGCUGAAUGGUCUACAGCUGUAUCUGGAUGCUCCGAGUGUCUUGUGGAUGACUCUGUUCUCACGGGGUCUACACAAGACGCUCGAUCAGGUCAAAGCCUUCUACCACCUCCAGGACAGCAGCAAGACGGACGAACACAUCGAUAUCCGCCUGGAUGCAACACACCUGAAGCUGAUCAUUCCUCUGGAAUCCUCUAUUUUGGAUCAUCCAGACCGUCCUCAGUCACUGAGCAUCAGCCUUCCUCAGAUCGUCCUCAGCAACACACGCCACGCUCCUCACGCUUCCCAUUCGGACCUCAACAGCACCUACAGCAGCUUCUCCGCCCGCCCCUUCUUCCGUCCCACGGCAAGCCAACCUUUCCCUCGCGAUCAGAGCGUCCUCCAUCCCCUGCCGUCUGCAUUCCUCCAACACUGUCUAGAAAACGAGUCCUUGUCAUUAGCGCACAAGCGCCCCUCUCGCUCUCAGGACGUCUGGUCUGUCAGUUUGUCCCGAGUGGCUCUUGGCUUUGAUGGGGCUCGUCGAGGGCCCAGAGGGAAAGCUCUUCCCUUUGUGGAGCCCUUUGCCAUGUAUUUGUGGAUGUGCUGCCCUUCUGCCUUCAAACAAGACUCUCUUUGUUCGAGUAUAGAUGGCAAUUCAAAAAUCCCCAAACAGUCCCUCCUAGAUUCACUUCAGGGUGUAAAUGACGUCAUAUCUAAUAAGAUCGACCAAAACUCUCCCAUGGCCUCCAUCCAUAUCUUAGCCCAGUCCAUCACUCCUGUCAAAAUGUGGCUCAACCACUACCAGUUCGUAGCUCUUUUGCGGCUGAAGGACUAUCUUGACCGACUAGCUGGAGAUUUGAGCAAGGACGUCCAGGGUUUGGGACAACCUGAGCACAAACCCUCAGAUCCCCCUUCGGUUUGUGUCUCAGUCCUGAUGGAAGCGAUAGAACUCGCUCUUCUGCUUCCUCCUGCAACAUGUGAGCCAGAAGAAGAAGAAGCACAUUCUCCUGAGGAAACGGACAGUCCCAGCUUGACCGACUCUGAUCUCUCGCCAUCCCACCAUGCCGGUGGGGCGGGAGGGAAUGAAGAUCAAGAGGAUGAUGUCGAACAAGAGGGUUCGGUAGAGGAGGCUUGUGAAGCCAUUGAAGAAGGAAUGGAUGGACCAACGGGGCAGGAUGAUGAAACUCAGACCGUUGUUACUUCCACACCUCCUCCACUCUCUCCAGGGAAUCCUGCAUUACUGUCCCGUCAUAGCUCCACUUUCAGCUUGGAGGGGGAGCUGUCCAGUGCCCUGAACGCCACCAAAUGUGCCACCAAAGAUGCACUCAGCGCCUCCCUGGAUCUCACCAAGGGUGCGCUGUCCAUCACGAAAGAUGCCUUCAGCAUCCUGAGCCGAGGAUCUGGCAUGACUAAACUCUUCGCUCCUCAAAACAAGGAUCAUAGUGCACAGCCAGAAGAGUCCAGUCCCUCCAUAAUGGGAAACCUGCGGCUUCAGUCCAUGAAACAGUCUCCUUCCCAAAAUUCCUGUGACAGUGCCAUUUUAGAGGGUAGUCUGGCGGACGAUGGCUUGUCCAUUGAUAGUGACAUCAGUGAAAACUUUGUCAUCCUCAUGGACUCAGAGUCUGGUGUGGAGUCGUUGCGUCCUGAUGGUACGGGUGUCUCCGGCAGCUGUGUGAGUCCAGCUCCAGGAACAGAAGGGUCGUCCGCAGACCUCAGCAGCUCUCUGUCCCAGAGCACUGAAGACAUUGCUCAAGAUAUGGUGUCUGUGUUAGUUCUGUGUCUGAGUCGGAUAGGGUGCCUGACGGAGAAGUGUGGUGAAGAUAUCGUGGUGGCGCUGGAAGCCCAAGAGCUUGUGCCGAAACAACAUGGCAACCAUAAAGUCACAGACCUGCUGGCAGGAAUGGCACUGACUCAGGCUGGUUCUUCCUCUCCAAGUGCUCCUCUGUCUCCCGGGCCCUGCUCUCUCUCCUGUCCCCCAGCAGCGGCCCUCAGGAUGGAGAUGGGACCACGUGCACGCAGACACUCUCCUCUGUCUGAGAGCAUGGGCUUCAUAGAAAUGUGCCUGACAGGGUGCAAAGCAGAGCUCCUGGCCUCUACCUUAAACACGCUGGCACCCUUCCUGGAGGAUGAGCUCAGCGCAGACCCCCAGCCAAUGAGACUGUGCUUACGGGACACUGCUUUUACACUAAAGGAUGAUGGUCCUCGUGUCUACCCGACCGCUCCUCAGCCGGUUCCUGUGCUCUUCUCUCUGGACGGUAUUGUGCUGGAGCGUAUGGAUGAUGGGAUCCUCAGCUUGAGAUCUGCGCAGAGCCAAUCAGGGACUGAGACACACGGGGACAAAGACAGAGCUGGCCAAUCCUGCUUUAGAGCUGAGGAGAAGAACAAGUCUCUGGAGUCCAGACUCGCUGAUGUCCAGUCCGCUCUUGAGAAAGCUCUGUCUGACCGAGAGCGCCUGCUGCAGGAAGUGAUGAAACACAACCCCUCCUUCACCUUAUGAUGAACAAAGGGAAAGAAACCAGACUCGAGUCCAAAUGAGACACAAGAGAAAACGUCUAGCAGAUAAACCAGAACAAGAGGUUUGUCUCUGCUGACUCAAAGUUCUGAUCCAUCCCUUUCUGUACCUUUCAUCUCUGCCGUCUGAGAGUGAAAUCACAUGUCAUCCAGUUUCUCUUUCUACUCUACUCUACACCAAUUCACCAAGUUCCCAGCUGGAGGAGGACAGAAGUCAGCAGUGAAAUGGCACAACUGAUCAUCUCUUCACUUCUGGUCAGCAUGCUUGUGCACAUUAGUUAUUUCUAGUUUCACCACAGGACUGUGUGUGUGAAGCUUUUAGAUUUUAUAGACUAAGUGUCCAAUUGUUGUUUGAUGCAAGAACCUACAGAGCUCCCUACAUAGACAAUAAGGCUGGGCUGACAUACUGAUUAAUUGAUUUUAAAAAAACAACAUUGACUUUUGUGUCCCAAGAAUUGAUUUUUAAGUCUAUGCUAUUUUCUGUUAAUGCGUGAACAAACUACAACAGCACAACUUGCGUAAAAUCUAUGUAUGCACCUGUGCAAAUACAUAAAUCGAAACAAUCAAUAUAAAAUUGCAUCGGAUUGGAACUGAAUAAAAUAAAC